AGUUUUCUAUGACACAACACUCCGUUUUCUAGCUUUCCAAAACUGUACAUCAAAAAGAGAAAAAAAUCUAAACCUUAAUCAACAGUUAGCAAAAUCAAUCUUCCCCUGUAAAAAUCACAUUGCCACAUCUCCAAUUCAAGAUAGAUUAGCUCAAAAUCCAAACAAAUUACAGCUAAUCAUCUGCUUGCUCACAGCUUGCCACUCCAAAAUCCCAUAAACACACACACCCCACCACCGAUUUUUCAACCAUUUCUGAUUGAUCGAUCCCACAUCGAAAUUCCCAACACGAAAAGGAAAAGAGCUGCGAGAAGCUCUAGUUUCAUUUUACCUUUUCCUGCUCCCUGUUUCAGUCCGAAUUCACAUCAAAGAUUGCGCCUUUAUUGAGGAAGCUUCCACUUCCCGUCUCCUUUUGCUGCAGUAGCUGCCGUUCUUGAUCUGGGUUUUUGCUGAUGGAGGGAGGCGGCGGCGGCGGGGGAGAAGGGAGCGGCGCGGUGGGAAUGGAGAGCCCGCAGAUGAAGCUGCGGGCUCUUCGGGCCUUCGGGUUGGAGCCCGAUGAGGCGGUUUCUUCGCCGGUGACAAGGCAGAAGGCGGCGGCGGCGAAGCAGAUUAUUGAGAAUCACUACAAGAAUUAUCUGCAGGGUCUGCAAGAUCGCAUGGAAAGGAGGAGGACGUUGCAGCGGAGGGCGCAGGAGGCUCAGGUGUCGAGCGAGGAGGAGGAGAUGCUGUUGAGGAAUUUGGAGAAGAGGGAGACUGAGUAUAUGAGAUUGCAGAGGCACAAAGUAGGGAUUGAUGAUUUUGAGCAAUUGACUAUUAUUGGUAAAGGAGCAUUUGGUGAGGUUAGACUAUGUCGAGCUAAAGGUACAGGAGAAAUAUACGCCAUGAAGAAAUUGAAGAAGUCGGAUAUGCUUAGCCGUGGGCAGGUUGAGCAUGUUCGUUCCGAGAGGAAUUUGAUGGUGGAGGUUGAUAGCCGAUGCAUAGUAAAGCUCUUUUAUUCCUUCCAAGAUUCCGAUUUUUUGUACCUCAUCAUGGAGUAUUUACCUGGUGGUGAUAUCAUGACUUUAUUCAUGAGGGAGGACACCCUUUCCGAAGACGUUGCCCGCUUUUACAUGGCGGAAAGUAUUCUUGCUAUCAGCUCGAUCCACCAGCAUGGCUAUGUACAUAGGGAUAUCAAACCAGAUAACCUCAUAUUGGACAAAAACGGGCAUUUAAAGCUUUCUGAUUUUGGCUUGUGUAAGACGCUGGAGAAAUACUCGUCGAUAUUGUUGGAGGAUGAUGAUUUUUUAAAUCAAGAUUCUAAAACCGAUGGUGAUGGAAAUGCUGAUGAGUUAACUGCUCCCUGGUUAAUGGCAAAGGAGCAGUUGCUGCAAUGGAAACGGAACCGUCGUGCAUUGGCAUACUCUACUGUUGGAACUCUCGAUUAUAUGGCGCCUGAGGUCUUAUUAAAGAAAGGAUACGGAAUGGAGUGCGACUGGUGGUCUUUGGGGGCCAUAAUGUACGAAAUGCUUAUCGGUUAUCCUCCAUUUUGUUCCGAUGAUCCCAGAAUGACAUGUCGCAAGAUAAUAAACUGGAGAACAUGCUUGAAGUUUCCCGAAGAACCAAAAAUCUCGGAUGAGGCGAGGGAUCUUAUUUGUCGUUUGUUAUGUGACGUUGAGAAAAGAUUAGGGACCAGAGGUGGCGUGGACGAAAUAAAGGGACAUCCAUGGUUUAGAGGUGUUAAAUGGGACGGCCUCUAUGAAAUGGAAGCCGCCUACAAACCUGUCGUGAAUGGAGAUUUGGAUACACAGAAUUUCGAAAAGUUUGAAGAAGGAGAAAAUCCACCAUCUAGCACACCAAGAGUGGGACCAUGGAGGAAGAUGUUAACAUCGAAAGAUGCUAAUUUUAUCGGAUACACUUUCAAGAAAUCGGACCUUCUCAAAUCAGCUGGAACCGCAGGUAUAGAUGUGAGCUCGAGUCCAUCUUCAAGACCUCCAUCUUUGGUCUCAUUAUUCGGUCACGUAGGGCUAGAAGACUCGGUAAUAGCUGAGGACGAACCACGGCCACAAACUUGAUGUUGUUCGAGAUUAAUCCGAUGGCUCGUGUUGUUUCAGCCAAUUUUUUCUGUAUAUGAAGAGAGCUAAAAAUCACUAUGAAGCAGAAGCAUAUGGAUAACAAUUUUGGGCAUUUUUGGUUUUUCUGCUUAA